CCCCGGUAUUGCCCCGUGCUAUGCGCCACUGCGGAGAAAGACGAAGAAGAAGAAGAAGCGCACGCUUCUAUCGUUCAUUGUGACUGCGGACUCAUUACCUCUGCAGCGCAUCGAUACCUGUGGUACACUUAUUUCUGUCCGGACAGUGCCAAGAUGGAUCCUUACAUGGGAGCGGGGUCUCCGCAAGACCUGAGAGGCUUCAGCAUUAUCUUUGGCCUGGUACAGGUCGUGGGGAUUGCUUGCGUUGCUCUAGUGGUCGUGUGGACAAGCCAUUUCCUGGGUGGAUUCGCCGGACGCGACAAGCCAAAGCUCGAGUUCAACUACCAUCCGCUCUUCAUGGUCCUUGCUCUUGUCAUCUGCUAUGGAAAUGCCAUCCUCCUCUAUCGUCUACUCCGCUACGAGCGCUUGUCCCGACUGAAGUUCCUGCAUGGUUGCCUUCACGGGUUAGCCCUCACUUUUUCUGUGCUAGCCGUGAAGACAGCUUUCGACUCGCACAAUUUGGCGCCAACUCCCAUUCCCAACUUGUACUCCCUGCACAGUUGGCUUGGCCUCGCAGCGGUCGUACUCUUCGGGGUGCAGUUUUUAGUAGGGUUCCUCAUUUUCCUGUUCCUGGGGGUGGGCCAGCUGCUGCAGGAAAAGUUCCGUCCAUACCACGUCUUCUUCGGUCUGUCUAUUUUCGUCACGGCUGUGGCCACGGCUCUCAUGGGCAUCACGGAGAAGCUCAUAUUUAAACUGACACCCGCAGGGUACAGUGCCAGGCCUGCAGAAGCAUACCUUGCGAACUCCCUUGGCGUUCUGCUUGUCGUCUUUGCGGCCCUCGUCGUCUACCUAGCAACACGACCUGCGUACAGACGGCCUUUGCAAGAAGAGGCUCCUCUUCCUCCGGAACCUCAGCCUCCAGCAGUGAUAGUCCCACAGACAUUCGGUCCAUUAGUUCCUCAGACACUGAAUCUUCAACAGUUCGGUCCAUUAGGUCCUCAGACAUACGGUCCAUAGCGGGCAAUAUUUUGUUGGAUGUUUAUUGGGCAGAAUGAAUUUUACCACGUGA